UCGGACCUAUUUCGGAAAAGUCACAUCUCCACUUCCUGUUUUUGCUCGGAGGCAACAACGUGGAUUGAGUUCACCGGCGUGUGUGUGACUGUGACUGUGUGUGUGUGAUAGUGCAGUGAUCGGGUAAUGUGUGAGCAGAACCUUCCACAAUGCAGAUAUCAAGCGUGAACGAUGUGAAGAUUUACAAUUUGAGCCAUGGGAAGUCUCUUCCGGAGUGGCUCUCAGAUCGAAAGAAGAGACAGUUACAGAAGAAAGAUGUUGACAUCCAGCGCAGGAUUGAGCUCAUCCAGGACUUUGAGAUGCCCACAGUGUGCUCCUCUAUCAAAGUGUCGAGGGACGGUCAGUUCAUCCUGGCAGCAGGCACGUACAAACCCAGGAUCCGCUGCUAUGACACUUACCAGUUGUCGCUGAAGUUUGAGCGCUGUUUGGAUUCAGAUGUUGUGGCUUUUGACAUCCUGUCUGAUGACUACUCGAAGUUGGUGUUUUUGCACUGUGACCGCUACGUAGAGUUCCACUCACAGCACGGACACUACUACAAGACACGUAUUCCAAAGUUUGGACGGGACUUUUCGUACCACUACCCCUCCUGUGACGUCUAUUUUGUGGGGACAAGUUCAGAGGUGUUCAGGCUGAAUCUGGAACAGGGACGCUUCCUCAACUCACUUCAGACUGAUGCUGUAGAGAACAAUGUGUGUGACAUCAAUCCUGUCCACCAUUUGUUUGCCACAGGAAGCUCUGAAGGAAGGGUCGAAUGCUGGGAUCCACGUGUCCGGAACAGAGUGGGCAUGCUGGACUGCGCCCUGAGCAGCCUUGCGGAAGGAACAGAAGUUCAAGCUUUGCCCUCAAUAAGUGCGCUGAAGUUUAACGGCUCCCUCACCAUGGCAGUAGGCACCAGCACAGGACAGGUGCUCAUCUAUGACCUGCGCUCCAACCAGCCGCUGCUAGUUAAAGACCACUUCUACAACCUGCCAAUCAAGUCACUCAACUUCCACGAUCAGCUGGACCUAGUCGUGUCUGCCGACUCCAAAAUUAUAAAAAUCUGGAACAAAGACAAUGGCAAAGUGUUCUCCUCCAUACAGCCUCAGACCAACAUCAAUGAUGUUUGCAUCUACCCUAACUCAGGUAUGCUCUUCACCGCCAACGAAGAUCCCAAGAUGAACACGUUCUACAUCCCGGCUCUGGGCCCUGCGCCUCGGUGGUGCUCCUUCCUCGACAACCUGACUGAAGAGCUGGAGGAGAGCCCGGAGAGCACGGUGUAUGAUGACUACAAGUUUGUCACCCGGAAGGACCUAGAAAAUCUGGGUUUGUCUCACCUGGUGGGAUCAUCUCUCCUGAGAGCCUACAUGCAUGGCUAUUUCAUGGACAUCAGGCUUUAUCACAAGGUCAAAAGCCUGGCAAAUCCUUUUGCAUAUGAGGAAUAUCGUAAGGAUAAGAUCCGUCAGAAGAUUGAGGAGUCCAGGACCCAAAGAGUGCAGGUUAAGAAGCUGCCCAAGGUGAACAAGGAGCUGGCGCUCAAGUUGAUGGAGGAGGGUGAUGACGAAGCGGAACUGGCUUUGAGGAAAAAGAAGGGCAAGGCUCUCCCCACCAUCCUGGGAGACGAUCGCUUCAAGGUAAUGUUCGAAAACCCCGACUACCAGGUGGACGAGCAGAGCGAGGAGUUCCGCCUCCUCAACCCCAUCGUCUCCAAGGUUGGACAAAAGAGGAAGAAGAAGCUGCGUCUACUGGCUCAGCAGGCUGCUGCUUCCCAACAGGCGGCUGAAGACGAGGAGGAGCCGGAAGGGCGAGCCAGCUCCGAGGAGGAGAGCUCAGACGAUGACAAGAGUUGGGUGGAGGAGGUGAGGGAGCAGCGGAGGCUGCUGCGGCAAGAGGGCAGAGACCGCCGCCGGCAAGACAGGAAGGAAGCAGAUCGCAACACUGUCCUGCUGGAGAGGGAACAAACCUCAAACAUGGCCGAGGGCAAGAAGACAAAUCAGCCUCAGUUUUAUCAGAUCAAAGCUGGAGAGGAGUUCAGAAGUUUUAACGACAUGGCCCGCAAGCAGAAACUACAGAAGGCUUCUUUGGAGGACCGUCUGAAGUUAGAGGAGCACUCUGGAACCAGCAACAUGGCUGACACUGCAGUAGGCAGCAAACAACUAACCUUCUCUCUCAAAAAGUCAGAGCAGCAGCAGAAGCAGCAGCAGGCAGAGCGGGAACACCACGAGGAGAGGAAGAAACUGAGGCGCUCAGCCGGACACCUGAGCAGCGGCCGCGGGAGAGGCUGGGGCCGCGGCAGGGGAAGAGGAGGAGGAGGAGGGAGAGGAAGAGGAGGGAGAGGCCGGUACUGAGGGAGGAAAAGGGUCCUGAACAGAGGCCUUCUCUCAGCUCGCGUCAAAGUUUUCUAGGGUCUUCUAUGAACUGAACUUUGAUUCAGAUCUAGAGAUGUACUGAAGACGUUCAGCACAAGUGGCAAAGACUGACACUGAUGAGCAGACAGGCCUGCCCCCUGCUCCUGGGUGGUCUGGGCCAUGUGUUUAGCUGCUCUUUGCAAAACAGAGCAUAUUAAAAAAAGAUUAUGUAUGUCGCUGCCUUUGUGCAUAUAAUGUUUAUGCCAUUAUCCAUAAAUACCUUCACUCCAUACUUUUUCUUAUAACUACUGCUCAGUGGAGCCUACCAUUUCAGUUAAUGAAGGGAAGGAAAGGUGUGUGCGUCUAUAUAUAUAUAAAAAAAAGUAGUAUUUCUUAAUGCUCUUUCUUAUUACUAUAUAUUGUUAAACCAACACUGGAUUAACACCAUUUGUACUAUAUAUUAUAUUUGGUACAACA